GUUUAAAACCCUACACACCAACUUCAGACGCAGCCUCUUCAACAACCAAGUCUUCUUGAGAAAUUUUUAUCACAAAACGGCAACCUCUCUCCUCGAUUGAGUCGCAGAGAUCCUAGCCUUUGACUAAUUUGAAAUCAUCCUGAUCAGAUUCUCACUACAAUAUGCAAACUAAACCCUCUCAGAUUCAACCCAUCCUAACUCUAAGGGCCAGGAACGACUUUUACCUGUCAAACAUGACAUUGCGGUAUUCUACGCGUAAUUUUGAAAGUCAGAGAAACACGCAUGGAAGAAGAAACAGAGAGGAAAAAGAGAGGAGAAGAAGAAGAAAAGAGGGAUACUGGCAGCAGAAAUUUCAGGGAUUGUUAUUUGCUCCAUCACAAAUUGCAGAGAAAGGGGCAUGGGAGGGAUCCUUCUCACAAAUCGCAGAAACUCAGGAUUUUAUGUUGAACUUGGAGGAAAGAGAGGAGGGAGAAGGGGAAAGGAAGGUUGCAAGUGACAAUGAAUUGAAUUUUAGGUACUUUAAUGGAUGCAUUUGAAGUGUUUGGAAAUUUCCUCAUGGACUUUUGGGUGUGUUUUUGUUAUUUGUUUGUUAGCUUAAUUAAUGGUAUAAGUUGGAUGAAAGAUGUGGCCAUAAAACAUGAUGUCAUUUUUAGUAUGAAGUGUUUGUCUUAAGGGUAGAACCUUAAGUAACUCAAACUGAGUGUACAAAGAUGGAUGACCACAUAUUGUUUGUGUAUAAGGAACGCAACCUGAGUGCAUAUGUAAAACUAUCUUUUAGAUUGCUUUUGUUUCUUUUCUGAUUUUGUAUUAUGUAUAAUGGUGCUAUUAAUGUUUUCUCUAUAUCUUUAUUUUGUUUGACAAGAAGUAGAAAGACUUAUACAUUUAUACCAA